AUGGCGCCUGGACGUCGCAACACAAACGAGAUUCCUACGAACCCAACACAACGCCCACUGCGCGUAGUCGCCUCCGGCACCCUCUUCCUCACCCAUACCCUCGAGCUCCCAACGCACCCGCAACCAAACGGCGUACUCCGUGCCAGCACAGUUGUGCGCUCGCGAGGAGGCUCCGCCAGUACAUGUCUCUCCAUCCUCGCGCAGUUCCCUGCGACUGAGGCUCUCCUGGUCGCGCCUCUCGGAGGCAACGAGGACGGACGGAAACUCAUACGAGAUCUGGAGAGAGAGCACGUCAGCACGCGCUUCUGCAAGGUGUGGGAGGAGGCCGGUGUUCCUAGCGCGUGGGUCCUUCAUGCAGAUGACACCGACUCACGAACCGUGAUCAACAACAACCCUCUGCCUGAUAUCACGCACGAAGACUUUAUAUCUCUCCUUGGGCCUCUGCUUGCUCCAGAGAACUACUUGUAUUCUCCGCCUCUUGGCCCCGCACAUCUAGCACCUGGUGCAGCGAACACAGCGCUGAAGCACGAUGCUCUGCAACCACGACAAUCUACAUCCAGCGCAGACGGUGUGCGGCCGACGGUGACAUUACCGAGGACCAACACGAGCAGCCCUGCGCCGUUCGACUGGGUGCAUUUCGAGGGUAGGUCCGUCAAGACGACGCUGAACAAUAUUAUGGGCCUGGAAGGCCUUGCGCGAGAACGCAAAUGGAGGAGUCACUGCGUGUUGAGCGUUGAUGUGGGCCGACGUGCCAAACAGGGUGUCGAAGCGCUCGUCCCCUAUGCCGACGUUGUCUUCCUCAACAAACACCACGCACUCGCGCACUCACCCCAAUACGCCGCCUCCCCACGCGCCUUCCUCCUCUCGCUCACCACUCUCGCCGCCCCACACGCCCUCCUCGUCGCGCACUGGGGCGAAGAAGGCGCAGCCCUCCUCUCUGUACCAACCCGGGAGUACUUCCAAAGCUCCGGCUGGGUCGCCGCGGACCCGAGCAGCCCAUCCGGCGGGGCAACGCCUCUGCACUCGCGGCACCCAACCGCCGCGGGCGAGCACGAAGACGUGGACGUCACAGACAUGGUCGAAGUGCUUUCCGUGCGCACCGGCAGCGACUUCUGGGCGGGCCAGCACACGGACUCCUCGAGCGUGUUCACUGCGGGGCUGCUCUCGUCCUCGGGGACCUCGCGCACACCGCAGAGCCCGCCGCCGGGCGCGACCAUCCCGCAGAGCCAGAACGAGACGUUCCGCGGCGAGAUCGUGGACGAGGUCGGCGCGCAGGACGCGUUUGUCGCGGGGAUGAUGUAUGCGCUCAGUCGGAGAUUGUUACCCGGCGAGCCGUAUACCCCAAGCGGGGCAAAUCGGGGCAAGGACGUGGGGUCGGAUGUGCGCGAGAUGGGUAGGUGGAGGCUGGAAGAGUGCCUGAGAUUCGCCACGGAACUAGCAGGGAGGAAGGCGCGGAGACGAGGAUGGGAGGGACUAGCAGACGAGAUGGCGAGGGUGGGGUGGUUCGAACCAUAA